GCGCGGCGCGGCGCGGCGCUCGCGGCUGCUGCCUGGGAGGGAGGCCGGGCAGGCGGCUGAGCCGCGCGGCUCUCAACCUGACGGGGAAGUGGUUCGGGCGGCCGCGGCUUACUACCCCAGGGCGAACGGACGGACGACGGAGGCGGGAGCCGGUAGCCGAGCCGGGCGACCUAGAGAGCGAGCGGGUCAGGCUCAGCGUCGGCCACUCUGUCGGUCCGCUGAAUGAAGUGCCCGCCCCUCUGAGCCCGGAGCCCGGCGCUUUCCCCGCAAGAUGGACGGUUUCGCCGGCAGUCUCGAAAUGGGGUUUUGCCAUGUUGCCCAGGCUGGUCUUGAACUCUGGGCUCAAGUGAUCUGCCUGCUUCAGCUUCCCAAAAUUCUGGGAUUACAGGGAUGAUAGUAUUUCUGCUGCAAGUACUUCUGAUGUUCAAGAUCGCCUGUCAGCUCUUGAGUCACGAGUUCAGCAACAAGAAGAUGAAAUCACUGUGCUAAAGGCGGCUUUGGCUGAUGUUUUGAGGCGUCUUGCAAUCUCUGAAGAUCAUGUGGCCUCAGUGAAAAAAUCAGUCUCAAGUAAAGGCCAACCAAGCCCUCGAGCAGCUAUUCCCAUGUCCUGUAUAACCAAUGGAAGUGGUGCAAACAGAAAACCAAGUCAUACCAGUGCUCUCUCAAUUGCAGGAAAAGAAACUCUUUCAUCUGCUGCUAAAAGUGGUACAGAAAAAAAGAAAGAAAAACCACAAGGACAGAGAGAAAAAAAAGAGGAAUCUCAUUCUAAUGAUCAAAGUCCACAAAUUCGAGCAUCACCUUCUCCCCAGCCCUCUUCACAACCUCUCCAAAUACACAGACAAACUCCAGAAAGCAAGAAUGCUACUCCCACCAAAAGCAUAAAACGACCAUCACCAGCUGAAAAGUCACAUAAUUCUUGGGAAAAUUCAGAUGAUAGCCGUAAUAAAUUGUCGAAAAUACCUUCAACACCCAAAUUAAUACCAAAAGUUACCAAAACUACAGACAAGCACAAAGAUGUCAUCAUCAACCAAGAAGGAGAAUAUAUUAAAAUGUUUAUGCGCGGUCGGCCAAUUACCAUGUUCAUUCCUUCCGAUGUUGACAACUAUGAUGACAUCAGAACGGAACUGCCUCCUGAGAAGCUCAAACUGGAGUGGGCAUAUGGUUAUCGAGGAAAGGACUGUAGAGCUAAUGUUUACCUUCUUCCGACUGGGGAAAUAGUUUAUUUCAUUGCAUCAGUAGUAGUACUAUUUAAUUAUGAGGAGAGAACUCAACGACACUACCUGGGUCAUACAGACUGUGUGAAAUGCCUUGGUAUACAUCCUGACAAAAUUAGGAUUGCAACUGGACAGAUAGCUGGCGUGGAUAAAGAUGGAAGGCCUCUACAACCCCACGUCAGAGUGUGGGAUUCUGUUACUCUAUCCACACUGCAGAUUAUUGGACUUGGCACUUUUGAGCGUGGAGUAGGAUGCCUGGAUUUUUCAAAAGCAGAUUCAGGUGUUCAUUUAUGUGUUAUUGAUGACUCCAAUGAGCAUAUGCUUACUGUAUGGGACUGGCAGAAGAAAGCAAAAGGAGCAGAAAUAAAGACAACAAAUGAAGUUGUUUUGGCUGUGGAGUUUCACCCAACAGAUGCAAAUACCAUAAUUACAUGCGGUAAAUCUCAUAUUUUCUUCUGGACCUGGAGCGGCAAUUCACUAACAAGAAAACAGGGAAUUUUUGGGAAAUAUGAAAAGCCAAAAUUUGUGCAGUGUUUAGCAUUCUUGGGGAAUGGAGAUGUUCUUACUGGAGACUCAGGUGGAGUCAUGCUUAUAUGGAGCAAAACUACUGUAGAGCCCACACCUGGGAAAGGACCUAAAGGUGUAUAUCAAAUCAGCAAACAAAUCAAAGCUCAUGAUGGCAGUGUGUUCACACUUUGUCAGAUGAGAAAUGGGAUGUUAUUAACUGGAGGAGGGAAAGACAGAAAAAUAAUUCUGUGGGAUCAUGAUCUGAAUCCUGAAAGAGAAAUAGAGGUUCCUGAUCAGUAUGGCACAAUCAGAGCUGUAGCAGAAGGAAAGGCAGAUCAAUUUUUAGUAGGCACAUCACGAAACUUUAUUUUACGAGGAACAUUUAAUGAUGGCUUCCAAAUAGAAGUACAGGGUCAUACAGAUGAGCUUUGGGGUCUUGCCACGCAUCCCUUCAAAGAUUUGCUCUUGACAUGUGCUCAGGACAGGCAGGUGUGCCUGUGGAACUCAGUGGAACACAGGCUGGAAUGGACCAGGCUGGUAGAUGAACCAGGACACUGUGCAGAUUUUCAUCCAAGUGGCACAGUGGUGGCCAUAGGAACGCACUCAGGCAGGUGGUUUGUUCUGGAUGCAGAAACCAGAGAUCUAGUUUCUAUCCACACAGACGGGAAUGAACAGCUAUCUGUGAUGCGCUACUCAAUAGAUGGUACCUUCCUGGCUGUAGGAUCUCAUGACAACUUUAUUUACCUCUAUGUAGUCUCUGAAAAUGGAAGAAAAUAUAGCAGAUAUGGAAGGUGCACUGGACAUUCCAGCUACAUCACACACCUUGACUGGUCCCCAGACAACAAGUAUAUAAUGUCUAACUCGGGAGACUAUGAAAUAUUGUACUGGGACAUUCCAAAUGGCUGCAAACUAAUCAGGAAUCGAUCGGAUUGUAAGGACAUUGAUUGGACGACAUAUACCUGUGUGCUAGGAUUUCAAGUAUUUGGUGUCUGGCCAGAAGGAUCUGAUGGGACAGAUAUCAAUGCACUGGUGCGAUCCCACAAUAGAAAGGUGAUAGCUGUUGCCGAUGACUUUUGUAAAGUCCAUCUGUUUCAGUAUCCCUGCUCCAAAGCAAAGGCUCCCAGUCACAAGUACAGUGCCCACAGCAGCCAUGUCACCAAUGUCAGUUUUACUCACAAUGACAGUCACCUGAUAUCAACUGGUGGAAAAGACAUGAGCAUCAUUCAGUGGAAACUUGUGGAAAAGUUAUCUUUGCCUCAGAAUGAGACUGUAGCGGAUACUACUCUAACCAAAGCCCCCGUCUCUUCCACUGAAAGUGUCAUCCAAUCUAAUACUCCCACACCGCCUCCUUCUCAGCCCUUAAAUGAGACAGCUGAAGAGGAAAGUAGAAUAAGCAGUUCUCCCACACUUCUGGAGAACAGCCUGGAACAAACUGUGGAGCCAAGUGAAGACCACAGCGAGGAGGAGAGUGAAGGGGGCAGCGGAGACCUUGGUGAGCCUCUUUAUGAAGAGCCAUGCAACGAGAUAAGCAAGGAGCAGGCCAAAGCCACCCUUCUGGAGGACCAGCAAGACCCUUCGCCCUCGUCCUAACACCCUGGCUUCAGUGCAACUCUUUUCCUUCAGCUGCAUGUGAUUUUAUGAUAAAGUUCAGGUAACAGGAUGGGCAGUGAUGGAGAAUCACUGUUGAUUGAGAUUUUGGUUUCCAUGUGAUUUGUUUUCUUCAAUAGUCUUAUUUUCAGUCUCUCAAAUGCAGCCAACUUAAAGUUUUAGUUUGGUGUUUAUUGAAAAUUAGCCAAACUUAAUACUAGGAGAAGACUGAAACAUUAAUGAUGUCUCACAAAUUACUGUGUACCUAAGUGGUGUGAUGUAAAUACUGGAAACAAAAACAGCAGUUGCAUUGAUUUUGAAAACAAACCCCCUUGUUAUCUGAACAUGUUUUCUUCAGGAACAACCAGAGGUAUCACAAACACUGUUACUCAUCUACUGGCUCAGACUGUACUACUUUUUUUUUUUUUUUCCUGAAAAAGAAACCAGAAAAAAAUGUACUCUUACUGAGAUACCCUCUCACCCCAAAUGUGUAAUGGAAAAUUUUUAAUUAAGAAAAACUUCAGUUUUGCCAAGUGCAAUGGUGUUGCCUUCUUUAAAAAAUGCCGUUUUCUUACACUACCAGUGGAUGUCCAGACAUGCUCUUAGUCUACUAGAGAGGUGCUGCCUUUUCUAAGUCAUAAUGAGGAACAGUCCCUUAAUUUCUUGUGUGCAACUCUGUUUUAUCCUAGAACUAAGAGAGCAUUGGUUUGUUAAAGAGCUUUCAAUGUAUAUUAAAACCUUCAAUACUCAGAAAUGAUGGAUUCCUCCAAGGAGUCCUUUACUAGCCUAAACAUUCUCAAAUGUUUGAGAUUCAAGUGAAUGGAAGGAAAACCACAUGCCUUUAAAACUAAACUGUAAUAAUUACCUGGCUAAUUUCAGCUAAGCCUUCAUCAUAAUUUGUUCCCUCAAUAAUAGGAGAAAUAUAAAUACAGUAAGUUUAGAUUAUUGAAUUGGUGCUUGAAAUUUAUUGGUUUUGUUGUAAUUUUAUACAGAUUAUAUGAGGGAUAAGAUACUCAUCAAAUUGCAAAUUCUUUUUUUUUACAGAAGUGUGGAUAACAGUCACAGCAGUUUUUUUUUUACCAACAGCAUACUUAACAGACUUGCUGUGUAGCAGUUUUUUUCUGGUGGAGUUGCUGUAAGUCUUGUAAGUCUAAUGUGGCUGUCCUACUCUUUUGGGCAAUGCAUGUAUUAUGCAUUGGAAAGGUAUUUUUUUUAAGUUCUGUUGGCUAGCUAUGGUUUUCAGUACGUUUCCUACUUUAAGAGUAAUUACUGACAAAUAUGUAUUUCCUAUAUGUUUAUACUUUGAUUAUAAAAAAGUAUUUUGUUUUGAUUUUUUAACUUGCUGCAUUGUUUUGAUACUUUUUAUUUUUUUGGUCAAAUCAUGUUUAGAAACUUUGGAUGAGUUAAGAAGUCUUAAGUAUGCAGGCGUUUACGUGAUUGUGCCAUUCCAAAGUGCAUCAGAACUGUCAUUCCCUUCUAAUAUCUUCUCAGGAGUAAUACAAAUCAGGUAUUUCAUCAUCAUUUGGUAAUAUGAAAACUCCAGUGAACUCCCAAGGACUUUACAACAUUUAUAUUCACACGCUGUAUGGAAGGGUGUGGGUGUGUGUGAAGGGGCGAGUGGAGACAGUGUGUGUAUCUCUAGAUAAGAAGAUAUGCACCACGUUGAAAAUACUCAGUGUAGAUCUCUAUGUGUAUAGGUAUCUGUAUAUCUUUCCUUUUGUUUACAACUGUUAAAAAACCUCAAAAUAGUUCUCUUCAAAAGAAGAGAGAUUCCAAGCAACCCAUCUUUUUUCAAUAUGUUCUGUACAUAGUUAUCGGAGCGUGCCAGUAAGUAUCAGGCAUAUAUAUCUAUCUGUCUGUUAGCAGUGAUUAUUACAUCAUCAGAUCAGCAUGUGCUAUACUCCCUGCAAGAAAUAUACUGACAUGAACAGGCAGUUCUUGGAGAAGAAAGAGCAUUUCUUUAAGUACCUGGGGAAUACAGCUCUCGGUGAUCAGCAGGGAGUUUAUUUGAGGACAUCAGUCACCUUUGGGGUUGCCAUGUACAAUGAGAUUUAUAAUCAUGAUACUCUUCGGUGGUAGUUUCAAAAGACACUACUAAUACGCAGGAAGCGUUCCAGCUAUUUAAUGCUGGCAACUACUGUUUAAUGGUCAGUUAAAUCUGUGAUAAUGGUUGGAAGUGGGUGGGGUUAUGAAAUUGUAGAUGUUUUUAGAAAAACUUGUGAAUGAAAAUGAAUCCAAGUGUUUCAUGUGAAGAUGUUGAGCCAUUGCUAUCAUGCAUUCCUGUCUCAUGGCAGAAAAUUUUGAAGAUUAAAAAAUAAAAUAAUCAAAAUGUUUCCUCUUUCUAA